CUUAUUAUUCGUGUAUUGCUUUGCAACUCUAGCAAGUGGUGAGCAGUCGCGUCUUUGCACAAUCAAAACCAAUCGAGCUGGACUCCCUCAAAUAGCCUCUACGAUGAAGGCAGCAAACGAGCCUGCCUACCUGACCGUGGGAACUGAGGUCAGCGCCAAAUACAGAGGUGCCUUCUGUGAGGCAAAAAUCAAGACUGUUAAAAGGAUGGUGAAGGUUAAGGUGAUGCUCAAAGGAGACACCACAUCGCAAGUUGUUCAAGAUGAUCAAGUGAAAGGACCGUUAAGGGUGGGCUCCACAGUGGAGGUGAAGAGUGCAGAGGGGAUCUGCAGUGAGGCAACCAUCAACAAACUCACAGAUGCCAGUUGGUACACAGUGGUGUUUGACGAUGGGGAUGAGAAGACACUCCGCAGGACGUCACUGUGUCUGAAGGGGGAAAGACAUUUUGCUGAGAGCGAGACGUUGGACCAACUGCCCCUAACCAACCCGGAGCACUUUGGCACCCCCGUCAUCGGGAAGAAGGGAAACCGCGGAGGAAGGAGGUCAUCUCAGGCUCAUGCGGACGAUGACAAGGAGUCGUCCUCCAGUGAAGAGGACAAUGAGGACAGGAGGAGGCUAAACGAUGACCUGAUGGGUAAAGUGGCCAGUGUUCAGACUGGGGCAGACUGGACAUCCUGGUACCUGGCCCUGGUUAUAUCACCCAGCUGCAAUGAUGACCUGACAGUCAAGAAGGACCAAUGUUUAGUCAGAUCAUUUGCAGACUCCAAAUUUCACACUGUGGCAAGAAAGGAGAUCCAUGAAGUGAACAUGGACAGCAUCUCUAAACCUGAGUUCUCGCCGAGGAAUGGGUUGGAUGGGGCAGUGCAUUUCCUCAAGACCAAGGUGGUCCCUGACAGUUGGAAGAUGGACAUGAGUGAGAUUUUAGAGUCCUCCAGCAGUGACGAGGAGGACACGGAAGGAAAGGAGAGUGAUGACGAGGAGGAGGAGGAGGAGGAGGAGAAGGAAGAUGCCAAUGAUGAGCCUGAGGAUGAGGCGGACCCAGAGGAGAGGGAUCACUUCCUGCAGCAGCUGUAUAAAUUCAUGGAGGAUCGAGGGACGCCAAUUAACAAGCCUCCUGUGCUCGGCUACAAGGAUCUGAACCUCUUCAAGCUCUUCAGGCUAGUCUACCACCAGGGGGGCUGUGACAAAAUUGAAAGUGGAUCUGUGUGGAAACAAAUCUACAUAGACCUUGGCAUUCCCGUCCUAAACUCUGCUGCCUCCUACAAUGUGAAGACUGCCUACAGAAAGUACCUGUAUGGCUUUGAGGAGUACUGUCGCUCAGCUUGCAUCGUCUUCAGGACCAUCCACCACAGCGAGGAUCCGCCAGCCUCCCAGUCCCAGACAGAACAUAUGGCUGCCCAGGUCCCUGAGGUGGAGGAGUGCCAGGGCCCAACACCACCCGUCGAAACUGAGUCUGCUGCAGCCAUGGAGGACAAGCCUGCCCAGGAGGAGGCAGAGUCGGGGAGCGAGAGCGACAAAGAGGGCCACAAAGAUAUCUCUUCUCCCAAGGGGAGGAGACUGUGCACUGUGACCCCAGUCAAAGCUGAGGUGAAGGAGCCUGCAAAGCUGGAGAAGGCGGAGCAGAGAGGUGUGGGGGAGACCAGCGGAGAGGAGACUGGAGGUCCGGGAGACGGCAUCAGGUCAGAUGGAGGGGACACCCCGGGGAACAGACGCAGCCGACGCCUGGAGGAGUCCGAUAAAGAGUCUGAGGACGAAGAGGAGGAGGAGGAUGAUGAGGAUGAGGACAGCGAGAGGAGAGUCGGAGAACGGGGUGAGGACGAGGACUCUGAAGACUCGGUGACAGGGACGAAGGUGAAGGUAAAGUACGGUCGAGGGAAGACCCAGAAGAUCUACGAGGCCAACAUCAAGAAGGCCGAGAACGACGAUGGAGGAGAUGUCCUCUACCUGGUCCAUUACUACGGUUGGAACGUCAGGUAUGAUGAGUGGGUCAAAGCAGACCGGAUCAUCUGGCCUGUGGACAAGGGCGGAACAAAAAAGAAACAGAAAAAGAAAGUGAAGAAUAGAGAGGAAGGAGAGAAGGAGGACGACAAGCAGGGGAAGCCGGGUGGCUUGAAGCCAGGUCGCCCUCUUCUUAGAACCACUCCCGCCAGCGCCAACCGCAGCGUCUCCAAGACCCCCAGCAGUGAGGGGCGCUCCAGCAGCAAGAGCAAAUCUGAUGUAACAGCCCUGCCCAACGGAGAGGGGACCCCUCGCCGACGCACAAGAAGAACCUCUGGGAUGUAUGACUCGGACAGGGAUUCCAACUCCAAUGAAUCGGGGAACUCGUCCGAGGACAGUGAGUCAGAGGAUUCUCCUGAGAAGAAGCCUUCGUGGGCGGAGAGGACGGACCCCGCCACGGCCCGUAAGCAGGAGGAGGAGGAGGACCGGAGGGUGGAGAGAGGAAGAGCAGAGGCAGCACAGGCCGCAGCACAGGUCCAGCCUCCCAGCAGCCCUCAGGAGAAGGAGCAGCAGGAGGACAAGCUCCCUGAGAGGAGGGAGCUGGAGAAGGCUGAGGAGCAGCCCCAGGCGCCCCCAAUGACCCCUGAACCUGACAGACCCAAGGAGGAGGACCCUCCUACCCCGAAAUCCCCCAGGUCUAAAGCAGCACGUAGAAGUAACGUUCGCGAGCCAGAGAGGAACACCACCAACAACGACACUGGCUCUGAAACACCCACCAAAACCAUCACCACCACCACCACCACUCCCAACUACACUGAGACCGAGUCGUCUCCCUGCCCGCGCCCCCUGAACAGGCAGGAUGAGCCCAUGGUGGUCCUUCACUGUCUCCCUGCUGAGCACAUUCCCAGCAUCCCUGACCUUCCCACCAUGGACUCGGACACAGACUCGGCCACAGAGGAGGAGACCUGCAGGGAGGAGCGAGGUGUGGCCAAGCGUAAAGCUACCGAGCAGAGGACGCCGGACAAGAAGGUGCGUCUGGAUAGGAGGGAGGAGACGACCAAGAUGGCGUCGCCGGGGAGGAGGCCCGCUGACUCGCCGGGGAGGAGGCCCGCUGACUCGCCGGGGAGGAGGCCCGCUGACUCGCCGGGGAGGAGGCCCGCUGACUCGCCGGGGAGGAGGCCCGCUGACUCGCCGGCCAGGAGGCCCGCUGACUCGCCGGCCAGGAGGCCCGCUGACUCGCCGGCCAGGAGGCCCGCUGACUCGCCGGCCAGGAGGCCCGCUGACUCGCCGGCCAGGAGGCCCGCUGACUCGCCAGAGUGGAGGCUGGAGGCAGGGGGACAGAAAGACGAGGAGCGCCUGACGCCAACUAAGGGGAAAACGGAGCCUGAGGUUAAAACAGAGAUGCCUGCCCUCACUCCGGAGGUGCAGUGUCAAGGUCUAGGAGAGGGAGGUGUAGCAGGAGGUCGACCCAGGUCGGAGCAGCCAGGCUUGGGGGCCGAGGAGGAGGUGAUGCCCCAGAUCGGCCCUGAGGCGCUGGUCUGCCACGAGGUGGAUCUGGACGACCUGGAUGAGAAGGACAAGACCUCAGCAGAAGACCUCCUAAUGAUGAUGAGUCAGGGGAAGGUCCAUGCUCCCCCUCCGUCCAAUGCCUCCUCCCACAACCCCCCUCCUCUAUCAUCGGGGGGCGCUGCUCCUCCACGGGUCUUCUCCCCCACCUCUGCCCCCAGCCCUGAUGAGUCCCACAGCACCAAGAGUGAGAGCGACGUCACCAUCGAGGUGGACAGCGUAGCAGGGGAGUCUCAGGAGGGGCUUGGCGAUAACGAGUCGGCCAACUCCAAUUGCUUUGAAGCUAGCACCAGCUCCAGCAACUCCAGCAUGUCACUACAGGAGAGGGACACCAAGGACAGAGGUCAGAAAAGGUUGAUGGACUGCAAUAUGAGUUCUUCUGCAAAGAAGCAGAAGCGAAACCAGAAACGGCCAAGCACAACGUCCAAAAUUGAUAAGAACGGAACAGGGAACAGCAGUGACAGUGAGGACCUGGCUGUCAUGGACACCUCCAGUAAGCUGACUCCAGUGAAACACUCCAUGUCUAAAGGAAGCCAGAAGCUGGUCUCUCCUAACAGUAAGGAGCUUGAGAAGUAUAAGCACAAAGACAAGCAGUCCUCCUUCCCCUCCCCUCGCACAUACAAGUGGACCUUCCAGCUCAAUGAACUGGACAGCAUGACAAGUGCUGAGAGGAUAUCCUUCUUACAAGACAAACUACAGGAUAUAAGGAAGUACUACAUGUCACUCAAGUCUGAAGUGGCCUCCAUAGACAGGAGGAGGAAGAGGUUAAAGAAGAAAGAAAGAGAAGUGUCCCACACCACAGCGUCAACAUCGUCCGGCUCGUCAGACACUGGGAUGAGCCCCUCUUCUGCCUCGCCCACUCAGAACACUGUGGCUGUCGAGUGUAGGUGAUGACACGCCUCCUCUCCCAUGGCGACCACCAUGCCCAUCUCUGCCUGCCAUCCCAGCAUCCCGCUGCCUCCCUGGAGACACAGGCUGCGUCCGAAAUGGCACCUUAUUCCCUAUAUAGUGCAUAUCUUUUGACCAGAAGCCCAUUUCAAAUGACCAGAGACCCUGGUCAAAAGUAGUGUACUAUAUAUGGCAUAGGGGUGGCAUUUGGGACGCACCCAUGUACUGACACGUAGGAGCAAGCGGCCUAAAGCACUCGACUGCCCCCCUCGGUCUCCUUUCACCCUUUAUCCUUUCUACCGUAUCCCAUCCACCACUUCCACUUCCUGCACUUUCCUGCCUCGUAGUCAUUGUAGUCCACCUAUCGCAGUCGUCAGGAAAUGGAUUCCAUGUGAGUUGAAUGUAAAGUAAACCACAAACCCAAGAUACUCCUAGCCAAACCCCUUCAGACUCUCCAUCCUUGAACAGUCCAUGGCACUUUUCUCCUCCCGCUCUGUCAGAACCACAGAAACAGAUAUAUCCUCCUCUGGUUCCCCAAACGGGACCAAUCUGGAUGCAGUAAUGAAUCAAUGAUGUCCCAGACAGAACCAGACAGAUGCAAUGUAUGUAACCUACAAUGUAAAGGGUCCCUACCUAUGUUAAUAAUGGUCACUUAACCAGCUGGACAUGGUUUGCAAAAAGGUCAAUUAUGUUCGCUUGCACCAUCAGAACUGCCAAAGUACUAGUGUUACAGCAGAGUGCCCUAUUUUGGAAAAGUGUGAAAUUCAAUUGUGAAAGGGAAUGUAGUUCACUGAAAACUACAGCUGUUGUCUUCCACUAUUGCAGUGUCAGCACAGAUUAAUUAUGCAAACUAUAUUUUUUUGUUCUCUUUUUAAGAAAAGUAAUAAAAAAAUAUAUAUAUAUUAAGAAAAAGGUUUACAGUGGAACACAAGAGAAAAUGAUUUCAGUGGACUAAUUUCCUUAGCGAGUGUAUUUUGCCGUUUUAUAUGUAAUUGCAGAGUUUUUAUUUUAGUAUGGAACAUUUCAAAAAGUAUAUAUCACAGCAGUGAAGUUAUUUAAUGAAAGAUUUCUAGACCUGAAAUUUUGUGUAAAAUAAAGUAAUGGUUUGCAUUGUUAAAUAUAUUUAUUCUGUUAGUGGACAAAUUUUUUGUAUUUUUUACAAUAUAGAGACAUGACCCUUCCACAGUUUGGACAAUGGGAAAGUAUGAUAUCGAAAUAAUGUCAUGUGCUCAUCUAAAAGCAGACUUUUACUGUGAUGUUUCAAUUGGGUAGCUACUGUGCAGUAGAUACACUGAGGGAACAAAACCAUUAGGAACACCUUCCAAAUAUUGACUUGCACCCCCUUUUUCCCUCAACAGCCUCAAUUCGUAGGAGCAUGGA